ACCCGACGCCCGAUCAUCUCGACUGCACGCAAUCGCCGCUCCUUCUACGAAUCCUACCAACACCUCACGAACUUCAAUCACAAUGGCUGGCGCUGUUGCUUUCAAGCCCAUCACGGGCAUGCUGCGACGAAACCUCGUCCUCGACCUCGGCAUCGGCCUCGGUCUCGGCUUCGCCAUGGCCAACGCCUACUGGUACGGCUACCACAUGCCUCGCACCCACGCUCGCGACAACUACUACUCCAAGCUCGAGCAGCAGAAGGCCGAGAAGCGCGGUGCCCAGGCAUAGAGAAUGGAUUGAGGAAACAGGAUGGCGGAUGAACAGAGAGAGAUGAGGAUUGCGUCGCUGUGGCAUUUAGACAAGUCGCGGGUCUGACGACCUUGUAUCAUAACCUGCCAGCAAUACAAGCUUGAGGACCCCC